GUUUGUUGAUUGGCUCUGGUUGUGCUCUCUAUCCUCUUGGCUGGGACAGUGAAGAAGUAAGACAAACCUGUGAUAACCUUUCGAACCAGUUUGAAUUGGGGACCUGCGAAAUCGGCUGGGCCUACUACUGCACCGGCGGGGGGGCCGCAGCGGCCAUGCUCAUCUGCACCUGGCUGGCCUGCUUCGCAGGCAAGAAGCAGAAGCAGUACCCGUACUGA